UUUCAUUCUCUAAUUUCUUUUUUUUACAAACUUGAGCACGUCUUUGUAUAGAAUGAUUUUCUGAGCCUAUCUUACAACAGCUUACACAUGAUGAAAAAUUUUAACUGUUCUUGUGCUACGUUUGCUCAAUUGCUAAGCUUUUGCCCUCAUUUCAUAAACUGCUCCUCCUCGGUAGUCUAGUGGAAUCUAGUACCUUGUUCCUUUCACCUGGAGUGAUUUUCAAGGUUUCUGUAUUAUGUAUUAUGAAGGAAGUUAGAAGUAAGGAAUCAUGGGCUUUGGAAUCAACGGUUUUCCUCAGUCUGAGCUUCACCACUUUUUCACUAUUUGGCCUAUUUCCUUAAGGGUUCCAGGUGUUAAAAUAGAGAUUGCAAGGUCGCAAGCCUGCUAGGUAAUCGUAGAUCUCUGUUUUAAAUAUUUAAGUCACAAGGUUUACUGCGUGUUUGAUGAACCUUUAGAAGGGCACCUUAUACGCUAGUGGUUUGUGCCUGCACAUUCGCUUUUGCCCCUCCUUGCGGUUGGUUUCCAGGGUUCCCAGGUGAUGUGCUGACGGAGGACUGUCCUUCGAGAACCACUCCGAGGUGUGAAGGGACUGUACCCCCUCCCUCGCACGGCCCAGCUGCACUCCCAGGACUGCUCUGGGGGUAGGCAUGCUAGCGGCAGCAUUUGCCUAGCGUUGCAACGAAGGCCUUGGUCUCCAAGCCACCACAGAGGGACUGAAAAUGGGAACCAAAGUUUAUUUUCGUGACCGUUUUUAAGAUUGAGAAAAGGGGUAUUUAGAUGAUGAUUUGGGGAACAUCGAAGUAGUUUUGUGUCCGAUUUGCAAAAAAACUGCUAAGGAAAGUAAAGCUGACUCAACAGUGGCUGUAGCACGAUGGUAAAAAGUAGGUAGGAAUGCCAUCCGGGCUGAUGAGGUCAGCUAAAAAGAACAGCAAUUAGAGGGUAUCAGGCUUGAUUGAGGAGAGAAGGGGCACGAGGCCGGCAGCCGCCAUGUCGAGAGUGGGAGGUGCGAGGCGGCCGCGGCAGGAAGAGGGACGCGCUUCCGUGGGUGGGUCGUGCGCACACGCACUUCCGUCGCGCCUGCGCAGUGGGCGCUCCGGCUCAGCGUGGUGGCGGUUAGUUGAGAUCAGCCGGCUAGGAGGAGACUGCCCCUUAAAUCCCGAGGCGAUGCGCUCUGGUGCAGCUGUCAGGGCCGGCCGCAAGGUCUGCAGGGUCCUGUUGUCUGGGUUUGGGGGUCGACUAGAUGGAGGCCAGGCGGAGCGGCUGACAGAAGGGAGUAGCUCUCUCGGAGGGCCCCUGAGUUCGCACGAGGAGCUGCCCCGGGGGAGCGAGCCGAGAGAAGCCCCGGAGUCCGGUAGCGGGGGCAGCGAGGCGCUGGUGGAGAUGUGUCAGAGAAGAUAUUUCCUCAGUGGCACCGAGCGGCAGCUUAGCCGAGAGUCUCUUCUGAGCGGGUGCCACCCCGGCUUUGGUCCCUUGGGCAUAGAGUUGCGGAAGAACCUGGCGGCGGAAUGGUGGUCCUCGGUGGUAGCGUUCAGGGAGCAGGUCUUCCCGGUGGACGCCCUGCACCAUGAACCAGGCCCUGCGCUGCCCAGGGACAGUGCCUUCAGGUUAGUUUCUGCAGAAACGCUACGCGAAAUCUUGCAAGACAAAGAGAUGAGUAAGGAACAGCUAGUAGCAUUUCUUGAGAACUUACUAAAAACUUCUGGGAAGCUACGGGAGAGCCUUCUUCACGGUGCCUUGGAGCACUAUGUUAAUUGCCUGGAUCUGGUAAACAAGAGGUUACCUUAUGGCCUUGCUCAGAUUGGAGUGUGUUUUCAUCCUGUUUCUGAUACUAAGCAGACACCUGAUGGUGUUAAAAGAAUUGGUGAGAAGACUGAAGCUUCACUAGUAUGGUUCACUUCAGCAAGAACUGCAAGCCAAUGGCUUGAUUUCUGGCUACGUCAUCGACUCCUAUGGUGGAGAAAGUUUGCCAUGAGUCCAUCUAACUUCAGCAGCAGCGAUUGUCAGGAUGAAGAGGGACGAAAAGGAAACAAACUUUAUUACAAUUUUCCCUGGGGAAAGGAGCCAAUAGAAACCCUGUGGAAUUUAGGAGAUCAUGAACUUUUGCACAUGUAUCCUGGAAAUGGGUCUCAAUUAUACGGCCGAGAUGGACGAAAAAGCGUGGUUCCUUCUGUUUUAUCUAUAAAUGGAGAUCUAGACCGAGGCAUGUUGGCUUACCUCUACGAUUCUUUCCAGCUAACAGAGAACUCCUUUACAAGAAAGAAAAAUCUUCAUAGAAAGGUACUUAAACUUCACCCCUGUUUAGCCCCUAUUAAGGUUGCUUUGGAUGUGGGAAGAGGCCCAACAGUGGAAUUAAGACAGGUUUGUCAAGGGCUAUUUAAUGAAUUACUAGAAAGUGGAAUUUCUGUGUGGCCUGGUUAUUUGGAAACUGUGCAGUCCUCAUUGGAACAACUUUAUUCAAAAUAUGAUGAAAUGAGUAUCCUCUUCACGGUUUUAAUUACUGAAGCUACUUUGGAGAAUGGAUUAAUACAUCUGAGAAGUAGAGACACCACAAUGAAGGAAAUGAUGCAUAUAUCCAAACACCAACAACCACCAACCCAUGGCCAGUCCUGCCUCACCCACCCAGCGCCAGCCUUCCAGGCUUUUUUGAAGCAAAUCACAGCUAUCACUUCGUUUAUUGAAAGAUGAAUCCAGAGGCUUGAUCAAUUUCAUUUUCAACUUUUGGUGGCUAGAUUAUUUCAUGGGUUGUGUUCUCCCAUCAGGAGGCAGUAAGGUCUGGUGGUUUCUGUUUUGGGGAUGCUAGUAAUCACUGAUCAAUGCCCAGAUCAGUCAGUUCCUUAGAGGUAGCAAAAUGGUGAUAUUCUGAUUCUGCCUUCCUGCUUCAUUCAUUAGCUAGAAUGUUUCUACAAAGAAAAACAUCUCAUCUGCUGUUUGCUUAGAGAUAUGGGAAAGGUAUGAUAAAUACUGGAUUCAUCCCCUUUAAAGUUAUUCUUUUGAUGCUCAAAUUGUCCUAUCUUUGGCCUGUGGGAGCCUCUUCAAGUUGGCCUCGAGACCUUUUGAUACAACUUUAGUAGUCUUCAGUAGCUUCCUUGCUAUCUAAUGUAGAGGUUAUGUAUUUCAGAGUUUCUCCAGGGAGCCCUGGUUCCUUUUAUUGGAAAACACUGUUUGGAGACCAUACUCUGGGUAGUAGGGAUGCUCGUUGUUGGAAAGUGAUCUUUGUUCCUAGGCCUUUUCUGUGUUUAGAGCUAGCAAAUAUAUGUGUGUGUAUAUUUCCCCCAAAUUAAAAAAUUCAUCAUGAAUUCA